CGCUUUACCUGAGGUGGACAAGUUCUGUUGUAGUUUUGUUGUCGAUAGUAACUGGUGCAAACAUAUUCUAACUGUCUUUUUCUUGAAUUUGGUCAUUUAAAUAGUUUCAGAACAUGUGGUACCCUCAGCCUGUCGACGUCGUACCGUUCGUCAUUGGGUCACAUUCAAUAACACAUGAGGAUCUUUCUGCCAGAGCCAUGUGGCCAGUCAUUCCCUUUGACCAACGUGCGUAUAAUGCAGUGAACGAGAUUAAUGUGUUGCUGAAUUUCUUGUGCAUCUCUCAAGGCUUUUACAAUGAUCCACUGUACACUAAUGAUGGAAGGAAGUUUCUGUUGAUGAGGUCACUGUUCGAGCUUGUCUUGGCCAAUGAAUAUCUGGAGCUCACAGAUCCAAAGUUGCUUGGAUGGUUCCUAUGUUUAACAGCAGAGGACAGAACCUUAAUUAAAAAGGGAAAUUGUGCUUUCUCAUCCACAGAAGAGGGAGGGCUUCUGCCAUUUUUACAGAAACACCCGGCACUUCAAGUAGACAGACAGUAUGUUUAUGUGAAAUCAAAAACCAGAGGAAACUGCAUUCCCCCUCCAACAACUAUGUCAUCAAAUAAGUCAAGGCACCCAUCGUUUUAUGGUGCAUCCCAGUGUCAAAAUUGUGGAACCAGUUGUUCAUUUGGUUCCAAGAAGUGCAGAUGUUGUGGCUUUCGCAUUGAGAUUUCAGAAGGCAAAGUCUGUGUGUCGGAGAAUGAGAAACAACUUGAGCUGCUACCAAACAGUGUGAAAGAAGAGCUGAACGUCUUAACUGCCCAAAAUGACGCAACUGUUGGUUGCACGCAGAGCACCCUUAAUACUCAGAAAACAAGAUGCACGCAGAGCCAUGAUUAUGGAGGCCGUGCUGCACAUCCUCCUUCAUACAGUAAAGGAAUGUGUCCCCAUGCCCAGUGCCUGUCUAAGUUGUGGGAGGAAGUAGAGAACAGGGAGGACACCAAACACUUUAAGGACACAACAACCCAGGCGAAUUUCUCCCUCGAUAUGGAACUCGAUAUGCAGAGUCAGGUUCAGAGGAAUGACUAUACCCAAAAUGACCAAAACCAAUCUUAUGUACAAGUGGAAGAAGCAGAUUACCAUAAUCUGAAUCAGGAAGCGAUGCCAGAAUACUACAGUUUCAGUAACACCAGCUUAGACCAUUCCACAUGGAGCGAUGGCACCCGGAGUGCGGACGAAGCCUACAAUGAUUCAGUCAUGGCCACCAAAGGCAGUACAGAACUAUCAGAUGAACCAUCAAAUGCCACCAUGGCCACUGCUGCAAACUCUACUGAUUGUUUCUCUUGCCUUGGCAAUUCUUUUGAGUCAGGAGACCAUCAAGAAGACGUAAGAAAGAAGCAUGACUCGGUAUAUGAGCAACAAAUUGAGGAGAUCAAUGUGGGACCUUCACUGAAAUCCAAAUGUGGUGCUUCAGUUUCUGUGGACCAAAUAAUAGAUGCCUGUGGUGAUUUCAGAGCCUGUUUCACAUCUACAUGUGCAACAGAGGUUGAUCAGAUCUUCCAACUGAAAAAUGUUGCCACUGACACAGACCUGCUAGCAGUCAGCCAUGAGAAAGAUACACAGACUGUGCAAAUAGCCACAUCUGAAAAGAACACCAUUACUGAAGUCUGCAUGUCUGAUUUAGAUGUCCUCACAGAGGAAUUCAUAAAGCUAAAGGAGACAACGAAUGAGCUGAAACAACUGAAGAGCAGAAAGGCAAGCCCUAGUCCUGGUGUUGACCACUGCAGGAGAGUUUGUGGAUGUGACUGUGCCCAGCGAGUGAGAAGAGCAGAACUGCGUCUUCUCGCUCUUCAGUUUGUCAUGUGUCAGCAGCACUGCUGGAGAUGCUACUUCACCUCCCCACUGGGUGAAAGUGCUCUUUGGGGGACUGAGGGCCUGCCAGAAGGCAUAGCAGAAACACUGAAUACACUACAGAAAGAUUACCAUGAGAUGAGGAAACAGAUUCUAGCAGGCACUCCUCUGGAUAACCUUAAGCCCCUGUCAGUAGACUCUGAAAAGAUAACUGCAAGGUCAAACUACAGCCCAGCAUCGGUGCUUGAGGCCCAUUUAAACUCAUUUGACUGUCCGGGAAGCACCAUUGCAAGUGGUCACAGAGUGGAUGAAGAAAGUGAAGAGAUGAGAGCACUGAGCACUGAAGUUUGCCAGGACACUGAAGCUGCUUUGGAUGACGGCAACAAGCAAGAUAAAGCUCUGGUCUUUUUACCCAAGCAGCCAGGAGCUUCCGCUGAGAAGAACCCUGGUGUCAUCAAAGAUCCGAAUAGCAGCGAGGCUUGGUUUGAUGCAGAAGAGGAACUUGGGUCUCCAAAUCAAGAUGGAAAAAUGGAGGAACUGAAUGAAAGGAAAGAAAGGACUGAUGAAGAUAAAUCAAACCACAGUUCCCUCUUGUGCAUUACAAGCUUGCCUGGCAAUAUCGCUGAGCAUGAAGUGCUGCUUUGGUUUGAGAAGUACAAUGCCACCAAUGUCUGCAUCUCCACUUUCAGCAACAGUAUGAGGGCAGCUAUUGUUUAUCUCAAGAGCCCCAGCGAUGCCAAGGCAGCAGUUAAAGAUCUACACGGGUGCUCCCUCCAAGGCCACACUGUCCAGGUGGUGCAACUCCGCGGGCCUGCCUCAGCUGAUCCUAAACUGAUCAGUGAUCCGCCCCACAGCACCUCAAAAACCCAUAAAGAAGAAGCUGCUGCUUCUGGGGAUGGACUGGGAACGAAGGGUGUAACCUACACUUCAUCACCUGGAGGGCCGCGCUGUAGUGUGGACAGGUUAACCAAUGUCUGCGACUCGCCCACAGCCUCUGGCACCUGUGUGCCACAGCACUACGCCACCAUGGGAAGCUUUGACACAAUCAUGGCCCGGCUUUCAGAGUGCCACCCAAAUGUAGGCCGCCAGAGGAUCGUAGAUGCCCUGCUGGAACUGCGGGCCAAGCAUCAGGGCUUCCUCAGUGGGCUUCCUUUAAAAUCUAUAGUGGAUAUGACCUCUGAGCUUCUAACACAGGCCUCAACUCCGACAUAUAUUUGAGUUAGUGCUGUUAUAAGCAGCGAUAAAGGCCUUGUAAAUAGUUCCCUGACUAGUAUGACUGGAUUUCAGUUGUCAGUUCAUUUUUUUUUCAGCUAACUAAUGUUAUCUACAGCCAUUUCGUUGUAAUUCAUUAAUCAGAGUAUUUCUUUCUCCUGGAAAUGGAGUUAUUUUUUAAUUCAUUUCAGGUUUUCAUCUCUGCUGUUAUCAGUUAUGCUGUGCAUAUAGAAGUUUCCUUGUGUUUCCUGAAUAAAACUGUUUUCCUGUGUUUCCUAUAAUGAUUUGAUUUGAUGAGUGCAAGCCCAGGCACAGUGUAGAGCUGCACAUUUCAAAUGUGCAAAUUUCAGAGCAUUUCAAGUCAUGUGACCAGGGUUUUUUUGCCGUUGUAAAAAUGGUCUGUGGUGGAGGGACCCUUUUUAUCACUCCUGUCAGCUCAGGUAAAACUAGAAGCCCUUUCUAUUCUUGGAGGUACCCAAUUGGUUCUCCACAGUUUUUUUCUGUGGAACAGGUGGGGAUGUAAUUAGUGAUGGUCACAUGACUGCUGAUUGCGCUGGAUGAAA